GCAGUGAGGAGCAAUCCAUGCACCUUGUUCCUGCCAUAGAGACAUCUCGCCUGUCAGGCAACAGCAUUUCCUUCAACUAUUUCACUUUUAAUAUCCUGGAAUAACACAGCUAACGUGUUACAGAGGUUCUCUGUGUAAACUGCUACAGAGAGACAGCAACAGGAGCCAGAAGAAAACAAUGAUCAUCAUAUUUGUAAGCCUAAUUUUUAUAUGCUUGCUGCCAAAGACAGCAAGCACAGUAACAUCUGGCCAGAAUCAAAGCUUCACAAAUGUGAUGACAGGAGGGCUGACCAGACAGGGGACGUCCAGCUCAAACCAACUCUCAGAGGUCGCAGGUCGUGGCAUCACACAGUCUAUUAUAGUGAAUCCAACAGCUGAAAAAACUACCAAACCAAUGACUGAAUCUUUGCACACAAGUCCUUCUAAAACUGCUUCAACAACACCCUCUCAAACAUCCACACCAAAUAUUCAAACAGCACCAACUCUGAUCAGUUCCUCAUUAUCUCAGUUUAACAGCUCCACAGAGGACAUGAAGCCCACGACGGAAGUCUCAAUAUUAACAACAGUGGUAUUCCGUUCAUCCACGAAACAUUCAAUACUACGGAGCUCCACCCCAAGCCAAGACACAGGAAAGACGGUGGCCUCCCAAUUCACUAUUGAUAAACUUCCCUAUCCAUCUACUGGUCUAACACAACCUACAGACCUCAUCUUGACGACGACCACAUCUACCAAGACUGAUGAACACAAGUCUACAAGUACAAGUCCAGCCACAGGUUUAUACACGACAAAGAAACCAUUCAUCCACAGCACCAAGGCAAAAAAAAGACAAGAUUCUCCAUAUGUAAACAGAACAAACCACAGCAAAGCAGUCGCAGGACUGAUAGGUGGUGCCCUGGUAUUAAUGACGGUUGGAUUCCUGCUCAUUUAUGUAAAGAAACGGAAGCUUCAACGGCAGCAGAUAAAAACUACUGAUUGGGCUGGUCCUUCACCGUUUCUAGAGAGUGGAGCUGACAAUGGCCAGGUGACACUAAGGUCAUCUAACCGAAUUUCCUUCUCCAGCUUCCUGCCUCUAAGGCUGUCCAAAAGGCUGUCCUUGCUCCCGGAAACAGAUGAGGAGUUAAAAGACAUAAGACUGGGAACGACAUUUGGGGAUGAACAUGGCAAGGGCAUGUCUGGUCAAGAGGAGGAUGGAAAUGAUGGACAAGACAGCAAUAGGAGUGCAGUAGUUGUUAUAGAAAGCACAGGAGAAGCUCCAGAGACAGACAUAAACUCUGUUUCUCUAUCCUCUUCCCAAACUACUGACUCACUGUGCAAAAAUAACAAUGUAGAAGUUAUAAACCUCAGUGGAGCCCAUCCUGCAAAUCCCUCUACUUCAUCUGGAGCUGUGGAAAAUGCACAGCUGAAUGAUAGCCUGGGGCAACCUUGACUAAACUUACUCCCCACAGCCCCCAACGCAUCCUCUUGCAUUGGCUUGUAGACAGUUUCCUCUGUGACAGAGAACACAGGAAACUGACUAAAUGACUAACAUGACAUGAGAGAAGUGACGUUAAAGUAGGUUGCUACAGCAAAGAGGAAGAAGUAUAAAACAUCAGUAUAAUAUCAACAAAGAAGAUCAACAUUCACAUUUUUAGAUCUUCAGUUAUGCACAAAAAACUUAAGAUCUAAAAAUGUGAAUGAGGAUACUUGGCAUCACAAUGCACAGGACUAUGUGAGACCUCAUUGGACAGUGCACAAGAUUAUGUCACACAAACGGGUGAUGCAAUGACACCCCCAAACUGCCACACAACCGUACUAAUAAUCAUUGCAAGUCUGGAUUCUGUCUAUUCAUCGGCACACAAAAAGAAUAAGUAUAUAUAGGGGUGAAACACUUUGACUUGAGUGUUGAGUAAUAGCUGUGGAUGUCAUCAACCAAAUAAAAACCAUUGUGUUAUCUACAUCUUGGGUUAGAUAUGAUGAUGAAAAGGGUAUGCUUAUGUUUUAUCUGACAUAGAAGUUACAGUAAGGUGGCUGCCACAGACAAGAAACAUGGACCAACACCCUCUGCAACAGAGUUACACAUCUUUGAAUUUCAUAACUCAUGUUUCAAAACUUUCAUAACAAAAGAUGACAUUUCUCAAAAUCAUGUAUGUACAGUCAUAAGUGACACCAUAUUUAAGGCCUGUGUAAUAAGUAACAAAAAUGGCAUUACAUAUUGUGUGCUUACAGGAGAACCUGUACUAGUGUGUCAGUGAAAGCUAAAAUACAGACCCAGCAUUUUUCAGCUGCAUCUACCACUGACUGUUACGAGUUAAGGCUUUAAUUUGUUAACUGCAAUGUUUGAUAUGGUUCAAUGAUUUUCAUAAUGUGCCACUUGUAGGCUGUAGUUACUUAAGUGUAUUUAAUCUAGUUGUUUGGUCAUCUUUUUCCUGAUAAAGAGAUGUUUGUUACAUUCCUCUAAAUGUGUAUUUUUAUAUCUUCAAUUGAUUUUGUGUUUCUUUUGUUUUUCUGAAUGUUAAGCAAUGACAAAAAGCAUUGUGAAAUUGGUUUCUGCCACAUGUAUCAAUCACUGUGUAUACUGCCAUUUUCGCUCGCCUAAGAUUUCAUUUUACGACUUAGGAAGUCAUUGUAUUGAUACUUAUAUACCAACCUGAUGGAGUGCCAUGAUGUGUUUUGUUGUUCUGAUGAAAGAACAGUGAUUAUGUCAUGAACACUUCUAAUUGAAUCAAAAUAUAAUUUAAACAAGUCUCAAUUUAGAAUAGUUGUCUUUAAAAGCAUCAUUUGCUUUUUUAAAAUUAUUUUAUACACAUUUAAUAUCAAGUCACAUGGUAAUUGCUCUGAUCAUGCUUAGAAGUCACUUCAGCAUCAGGAGCUCAAGCUGAUGUCUAUCCACUCAAAUGCUUUCUUAGGAAGUCAAUUACAUCAAAUGUCCCUUAUGAUCACUUUUACUCCAUCCUAUUUUUGUGAAAUAUCACUGUAGAGCUUGAAAAAACAAAGGUGCUUUAAACUACGUUAAUUGAUCUUCUAGUACUGACAUAGUGCCACCAUAUCAAAGGGGAAUUUUGGUAUUUUUAAACCUGGGCCCCAGAUUUACAAGGUUUGGUCUGUUAAUGAUUCAUAUUCGUACCAAAUUUUAUCAGUCAGUCCUGUAGUUCAUGUCAGCUGCCAGCCACAUCAAGGUUGUGAUGGCUGCAUCACAGUCCUUUGGGGCAACAGAGAUUGUCAAAGUUCCUUCCACUUAAAGUACUUGCUUUUGCCAGGCUGAGGUUGUUAUUGUAUGUGUCAGACUCACAAAAAGACAGAAAGAAAAGGAUCACAAUGCUGUCAGAGAUGGAGUUUACCUAGAAGAACUGUCAGCAGUAAUAUUUCCAAAGUCAUGACCUAUCAUUUAACUGAGUUUGACAACCGAGAUGAGGCAACAACUGUAACAACUUACCUCUCACAAAAUUUCAGUAGACUAGUGUUUCUGGUUAGGAAUAUGAUCUUUUUAUUCAAAAAAGAGGUUUCAAAAAGGUUUUUCUCUACAUGAACAGUUACCAUAAUAUUGUUAGACACUUAAAAUAACAACAUCACUCAAAAACCACUGUCAGUGGCAAAAACAAGCACUUAUAGUCAUUUAUAGACAUUGCUGAUGGUUAGAGUUGCCCUGAAGGAUUAUGAUGCAGCCACUGCAGCAGUGUUGCAGCUGCCAGCUGAGGUGAUGGUAAACAUUAAUCAUGUACACACCAGUGGGGCAAAUGUACAGUGGGGCAAAUAAGUAUUUAGUCAACCACCAAUUGUGCAAGUUCUCCUACUUGAAAAGAUUAGAGAGGCCUGUAAUUGUCAACAUGGGUAAACCUCAACCAUGAGAGACAGAAU